UGCUUCUCCAAGAGUCUCUCUGCUCUUCCAUCCAGCCAUGGUUUAUUGUGGACCUUCCUGUGCUGUGCCCUCUUGCGCCUCUGCCCCAGCUGUUGGCUUUGGAUCAGCUGGUUCCAGAGGUCUCGGUUGCGGAGGUCUCGGCUAUGGAGGUUCCGGCUACGGCUUGGGCUAUGGCCGUGGUUUGGGCUACGGCUUCGGAGCUGGUGCCUUGGCCGAAUCUUCAGGAAGCCUGGGCACCCUGGCCGGAGUCAUCCCCUCCUGCAUCAACCAGGUCCCAACAUCCGAGGUGACCAUCCAGCCACCUUCCGUUGUGCUCACCAUCCCGGGUCCCAUCCUCUCCGCCAGCUGCGAGCCCGUCGCUGUCGGAGGCUACAGCCCAUGUGCCCCCGGAGGUGUCGGAGGCAUCGGUGCCGGUUAUUAUGGAGGCCGCCUGGGACGUCUCGGUCGCCGUGGCAGCAUCUACGCUCUUGGUCGCCGUGGCAGCAUCUGCUCUCUCGGUCGCCGAGGUAGCAUCUGCAACCUGCCCUGUUAA